AUGAAGAAGAUUUAUGAUAACGACAACAGCGCUCAAACUUAUCAUGGACAAAAAAAAAUUCGUUCGUUCGUUUGGCAAUAGAGAACUGACAGUCCUCCAUCUUUUUUGUCACGAUGCCUCCCAAGAACCAACCAGAGAAAUCCGGGUCGAAACCCGCUGAGAAGAAGCCUGCUACUGCCAAAACUCCGGCAGCAGCGCCUAAGGCUGCGUCCACGGGCACUGCUUCUAAACCUGCAUCCGCCAAGACUCCAGCUCCAGCCCCUAAAGCGGCAGCGCCUAAAGCAGCCGCCAAGCCAGCCGCAGCUAAGCCUGCUCCUGCCAAGGCCGCAUCAGCACCAGCGGCUGCGAAGCCUGCAGAGAAGAAGGCUUCUGCUGCCCCUUCAGCCAAGCCUGGCUCAGCAAAGGCUGCUGCACUCAAAACUAAAUCUAGUGCCAAGCCUUCAGUAAAGAAAGCUGCAUCUGCUGCGAAGCCCAAGCCUAAACCAGCAGCAGCAAAGCUGAAGAUUGCACCUAAGCCCAAAAAAACUGGCAUUAAAGGACAGAAGAAGCAGGUUGUCAAGCCUGUAGCUAAAGCUCUAAAGGCACAAAGAAAGGUUGUUAAAGGUGAACAUGGAAAGAGAAUUCGAAAGAUUCGUACCUCUGUGCAUUUCCGCAGGCCCAAAACUUUUGAGCCACCGAGGCACCCUAAAUACCCAAGAAAUUCUCUGCCCAAGAGGAAUCGCAUGGAUGCUUACAACAUCAUAAAGUAUCCAUUAACCUCUGAAGCGGCCAUGAAGAAAAUUGAGGACAACAAUACUUUGGUAUUCAUUGUCCACACAAGCUCUAACAAGCACCACAUUAAGGCGGCCGUCAAGAAAUUAUAUGACAUCAAUGUUGCCAAAGUCAACACCCUCAUCAGGCCCGAUGGUAAGAAGAAGGCGUACGUCCGCCUUACGAGGGAUCAUGAUGCAUUAGAUGUAGCCAACAAAAUCGGCAUCAUAUAAACAGACGGUUUAUUUUAUUUUAUAAGAAUAAAAAUUACAUAAAAACAA